CUGAAAUAUAUUAAUAACUACAAACACGGACGCUGUUUUCUCUACAUUUUUUAAAAUCUUUUAUUUUAUGGCGUCGACGCAGUUUGGAAGAAAAAACAUCAAUACUCGAGUGUACAGUUUGUAACGCGGACGCCUUUUUUUUUUUUUAAGGUCACUUUGAAGAUAAUAGGCGGGAUGCUUUUUGUUUACUAACACUUGACACUAACUAGUAGUUGUAGUGUGUAACAUAACUAGUAGUUGUAGUGUGUAACAUCCAGGACUAACACUAACUAGUAGUUGUAGUGUGUAACAUCCAGCAUGACGCGGCAAGAACAACCCAAGGCGGUGUACUUGAAGACUUACGGCAAAGGACUACGAAAGCUGACCGCCUGGAUAUCACCGCAGACCGGCAAGGGAGUCUUCGACAGCAGCAAGACGACAGACGGGGACGAAUCCGUGUUUGAACCCGCUAAAGUCAGAAGGAAGAAAGCCAAUUCCAAAGGAAAGGUAGUCCGCCCUACAAGAAGGAAAGCAAAGGAGAAUAUUGAUAGUCCCAUACAUCAACAUGUUCUACAGGGCAAGACCACCAGAAGAAGAAAAGCUGUCUCAGUAGCAUCCUCUGAAGCUGUGAGAAGGAAACGGAGGCCUCGCCAAACGACCAGUGAGAGUGAGGAUGACAUGGCGUUUUCCAUAAAAAGCCAUCCCAAUCCACUUCAGGUCAAUACAAGUUUGAAUAUUCCGGGACCUUCUGAGUCCCGCUUUGUGACCUGCCGCCAGCGCUUGGUCAGUAAAAAACACAAACUCAAGAAAGUAAUUGCCGUUGACUCUUCGGAGGACUUCACUUCUCGGGAGCAUAAAAAAACCACCCCGUCUCCCAAGAGAAAAAGGCUGGGUUCAAGCAUGGAUAGUUCCAACAGCAGCAUGGCCGCCCAUCCCUUGCAAGAGAAUCUCCUCAAUGAGUCGGCAGAUCACAGCCUCGGGCCCUGCUCCAGGAAGCCCAUCUUUUGCUCUACGCCCUCUGUGCGCCCGGCCAGAAAAGGGCUCGACAGUGUGCCCGUGGCUAUCACGAAUCAGUCCCUCAACUCCUUGUCCUUGUCCGUCAGCUGCAUAGGUGUUAGCACAUUGAAGGAAGACCUGCACCAACCAAGGCACCCAUGCUCUUCACCCCCUUCUGAGAAUACGGAGCAGAAGAAUCAGGCAGGCCAGUCUUUCCACCACGAACACUCCUUUGACCUGUUUGCACACCCAGGUAGCGUGAACAAGACGGGUCGAUGCUUUAAGACCUACACUUUCUCAGAAAGCGUACCGACUCCAGAAAGUAGCAGCUGCUUUGUGGUAACCAUGAACGACUUACCGUCACCAGCUGAAGCACUGAAGCAGAAAUGUUUGGCCCAGGACUGCAAUGUGAGAGUGAAGAGAUUAGACGGUCAACUCCGCAGCCAGACUGUCUUUUUCUCUUGCUCGGACCUCCUUAGCUCCACUGGCACCAAGCCAAAGGCCGAGCCAGUUUGCAUUGACCUUCUGUCAUCACCACAACCGUCCUUGGAUGCCAACAAUAGGGAGUCAGAAACGUCAUGUGUUCCUAUCAACCCUUCACUGUCACCCCCAGCUCUUUCACCACAACCGUCCUUCGAUGCCAACAAUAGGGAGUCAGAAACGUCAUGUGUUCCUAUCAACCCUUCACCAGCUCUUUCAUCACAAGAUGAAUCGAUGGAGCGAUCGGCCUCAGUACGUAUUGUUGAAUCUAGUCAGCACACCGACAGCAGCUUUGAGUUAUUCACUUGCCCAGAGUUAACACCUAACUUUUCUGUACAACGGUCAACAGAGAAGCAGGGCACAGAUGGUUCGUUUGGAAAGGAAUGCAAAGUUUCGGUUAAAAGGUUGGAUAUGUCCCAAUUUAAAACUGGGCUGGUCCAUAGAAAGACAUCUGCAGGACAAUUAGGACAUGAGGAAGACGCAGUGGACACACAAUCGGAAGAAGAGAGCCUCAAGAUUGCUUUGAUCAAGAAAUGUCAAAGUGACAAGCUGGUAGUAAGAAUCCGGAGAAUGACUUUAGCCCAAUUGAAGGAGCUGCUGUGGAUAGUAGCCAAGUCCGACUCGCUCACAAAUGCUCCAGAUUCAACCGGUGAGGUUGUGAUGACAACGAGAGACUCUCAGGAGAUAUUGUCCGUGGCUUUUGAGAAACAGUCCUCUGUUGUCGCACCCAACAAAGAAGUUCAAGAUCCCGGUGUGGCGGCCAAAAGGAAAAAGAAGAGGAAGAGCCCCUUGACGGGCCGGCCGGGCACGACCCGGAAGGCGUGCGUCAGCGGCCUGAGCGUGAGUCGCUGGAAGACCGACAGCAGGGUUCAAACCCCACACAGGUUUCGGAGGAGGAAGGCUGCCGACUGCACCAUGGACGAUCUGGUCUCAGCCCAAACUAAAGAACUGCACGAGCUUCUCGGGCAUACAAAUAAUUUCUCCACCCCGGUGAGAACAUGUCCACUCAACCUCUCGUCGCUGCUGACGGACUUCACGCCGCACACCCUGUAUUGGAAUCGUCUCAAGUCCGCGCUCUCCAUUCACCGCAAAGUGAUGGUCACGCCGAACAGUCACAAAAGUCCAAGGUCAGCAGAUAUCAGCCAGCUCAUGUCCGACGCAGAUCUGUCCGACGCAGAGAAAGUGUACGCAGAGUGCGGCCAGCCGGGCCCCCUGUCUUGGACGCAGUGUAUUUCCCCACCACGCAUGAAACAGUGUGUCAAGAUUGGGGAGGGUACGUUCGGCGAGGUCUUCUCCACCAGCAACGCCUCCGGAGAGGUGGUUGCUCUCAAAGUCAUUCCAGUGGAGGGCAGUCAUAAGGUGAAUGACGAAGACCAGAAGACAUUAGGGGAGAUUCUCCAUGAGAUUAUCAUCUCCAAGGAGCUGAGCAGCCUGAAGGACAAACAGCAGAACCAGACCAGCGGCUUCAUUGGACUCAAAGAUCUUCACUGUGUCCGAGGCUGCUACCCUCCAGAGUUCCUCAAGGCUUGGGACACCUUCGAUCAGAAAAAGGGCUCUGAGAACGACAGACCCGAUUUCUUCGAAAAGGACCAGUUAUUUAUCAUCCUGGAGUUUGAGUUUGGCGGCGUGGACCUAGAGAACAGCAACGGAACGCUGUCGUCGUUGGCCGUGGCAAAGAGUAUCCUUCAUCAGGUGACCGCCGCCUUGGCUGUGGCUGAGCAGCAGCUGCACUUUGAACAUAGGGAUCUCCACUGGGGCAACGUCUUGGUUAAAACAACAAAAGACAAGACGGGGAACUUCCUCCUGAACGGAACAGCCCACUCUAUGGAAACCAAAGGGGUGCUCGUCCGCAUCAUCGACUACUCUCUCUCCAGACUGGAAAUUGAUGGUCUCAGAGUAUCUUGUGACAUUUCAAAUGACGAGGAGCUCUUCUUGGGCCAAGGAGAUUACCAGUUUGACAUCUAUCGGCUGAUGAGAGAGGAGAACGGUAAUGACUGGAACAGCUACGAGCCUCAUUCCAACGUGCUGUGGCUCCACUACCUCUGCUCCAAGCUGCUCGCCAUGAGGUACCGCAACAAGGGCGGGAGGGGCGCCAAGGAAACAAAAAAAGAGCUGACACAUUUCUAUAAAAACAUCCUGCAGUACAGUUGUGCCACUGAAGCACUUCAAACAUGCCCCCUGUUUCAGUAGAACACGUUUUUUUAAUGUCUGCUUAGACAUGUCAAUUAUUUCAACUUACCAUGUUUAAUAACAUUAAACGCUC